CCUCUUGAGGCCAUAUAUAAGAAUAAAAUCCUCUAAGAUUUAGAAAAUUCCGUUAAAACUAAGAUUAUUUUUUUGGGGGGUGAACGAAUUUGUAUUUGUUCCAGUGUAAUUACAGCUUUAUUCUUUAAUUUGCAAAGCAAAUUCAUAUAAUAAAUUCCGUGUUACAGAAUGAUGAUAGACCCCACAAUGGUAAAUGCUUAUUUCUCCCCGGGUGAUAAUUCCAUAGCUAUCUCGGCAGCGGAUUUCCAGAGCCCAUUAUUUGCUUACGGUCGACCACAAGUUAUUAAUUAUGGUAUUAUUGGAACGAUCAUGGGUCACGAAGUUAAUCACGGAUUCGAUAACAACGGACACUUAUUUGAUAAGAACGGAAAUGUUGUGGAAUGGUUAUCCGCAAUGGCCGAAGCAUAUGGCAAGAGGGCAGAAUGUUUUGUCGAGCAAUUUAAUAAUUAUUCCAUUGACAAAACAUCGAAUUACACAAUAAAGAACUAUGGCAAUCAGACUGCAGGAGAGAAUAUCGCGGAUACAAUGGGAUUAGAGGCAGCGUUUAGAGCAUAUCAAAGAAGACAAAGAGAAUGCGGGAAACCGGAUACUGUAUUGCCAGGUCUUGAGAAUCUCACUAACGAUCAACUUUUCUUCUUAUCCUUUGCUAACUUGUGCUGCGAAGCUGCAAAAAUAAAUAGUACUAUAAAUAAAGCUAAGCGUGACCCACAUAGCCCCGGACGGUUGAGAAUUAUAGGAAGCGUUUCAAAUUCACAAGAUUUCGCCGAAGCUUACAAUUGCCCGGUCGGCAGUGCAAUGAAUCCCGAAAAGAAAUGCCACAUCUGGAAGUGAAUAAUUUACACGAAUAUUAUAAAUUAAACUUGCCAAUGCUUAAAAAAAAAUGUAUAAUUAAUGACAAAAGUUGUCUAUUUACACAUAUUGAUGAAUAAAGUAAAGCAUAAAUAAA